CGCGGGGGGAGCGGCUUCCGGUACGGCGCUCACCGGCGGGGCAGUCUAUUGGAAUCGCAGAGCCCACCGCAGGGAGAAGGAACUUCCAGCCCCUCGGCAAGCCCUGCAGCUUCAGGCUAAAGGGGCACUCGGAGCAGAGGGCGCGAUGUCGGAGCUGAGCGAUGAAGCCAGCGAGUCGGAGCUGCUGAGCCGCAGCCUCUCCAUGUGGCACGGCCUGGGGCAGAUGAUGUGCGGGGAGGAGCUGGACGUGCCCCUGGAUCUGCACACAGCCUCCUCGGUGGGGCAGUACGAGGUGGUGCAGGAGUGUAUCCAGCGUGGAGAUCUGGAUUUGAACCAGAGGAACUGUGGUGGCUGGACCCCCCUGAUGUAUGCCUCCUACAUUGGGCACGACACCAUCGUGGACCUGCUGCUGGAAGCAGGAGUCAACGUCAACAUCCCAACACCCCAGGGGCAGACACCCCUCAUGCUGGCCUCCAGCUGUGGCAAUGAGAGUGUUGCUUACUUUCUGCUGCAGCAAGGUGCAGAGCUGGAGAUGAAGGACAUCCAUGGCUGGACUGCCUUGUUCCACUGCACCAGUGCUGGGCAUCAGCAGAUGGUCAAGUUCUUACUGGACAAUGGAGCAAAUGCCAACUGCAAGGAGCCAGUGUAUGGAUACACACCUCUGAUGGAAGCAGCUGCCUCUGGCCAUGAGAUAAUUGUUCAGUACCUGCUGAAUCAUGGAGUGAAGGCAGAUGUCAGGGAUAACACGGGAGCCACGGCACGGACACUGGCCAUGAAGUAUGGACACACCAAGAUUGUGGGCCUGAUAGAUCUGCAUGCAGCCCCAGUGCCCAAGGUCUUCUGCAGGGGUCCAGGGAAGUAUGAGGAGCUGAGUUCUUCAGAUGAAUCCUGUUCUGCUCCCCAGAGACAGAGACCUGUUCGUAGGACCAAAGGUCCCAGUAUCCAUGAUGGACCCCAGGCCUUGGCCAAGAUAACAGCAGUUGGAAUGGGGGGCAAGAAGCAGUCUCGUUAUGAGCAGGUCCCUCCUCAGGGCUACGUGACCUUCAGUGACGAUGGCAGCUGUGAGGCAGGGGGCAUCCGGAACCGGGACGUCACCUCUCCCAUCAACGAGCAGGACGUGGAGAGCAACAGCAGCAGGGAAGAUAACAUUUUCUUCACCAACAACUUAACAGCUGUCAGGAGCAGCAGCAGCAGCAGUGAAUGCCUGACAAAAGCCCUGGGGGUCAGCAGUGAAGGCUCCUUGGAAAGCAAUGAGGAUUCUGACCAUGCCAGCAGCUCCCCCAGUCGGAAACAAGCCAGGAGCUUCAAGAUGAAGAGUCGGUACAGCAGCAGUGACAGCCAGUGGGCCCCCUGCCCUGCAAAGGCCUCCAGCCAGCCCCUCCUCCUUCCAGACACCCCUGCCUACACAGGGCCCCAGGACCUGGCAACGUUCCUGGAGCAGAUUGGGUGCCUGAAGUAUCUGCAAGUGUUUGAGGAGCAAGAUGUCGACCUCCGGAUCUUUCUGACCCUGACAGAGAGUGAUCUGAAGGAAAUAGGCAUCACCCUCUUUGGGCCCAAGAGGAAGAUGACUUCUGCCAUAGCCCGGUGGCACAGCAACGCUCGGCCGCCCAGCGACGCCCUGGAGCUGGCCUAUGCAGACAGGCUGGAGGCUGAGAUGCAGGAGCUGGCCAUUCAGCUGCACAAGAGGUGUGAGGAGGUGGAGCUGAUGAAGGGCCAGGUGUGCCAGGAGCAGAAGCUGCGUGCAGUGGCUGAGAGCUGUUUGAUGGAACGGGAUGAGAGCUGGAAUGCUAUCCAGUGCCAGCUCAGAGAGGCACAGGCCAUCACCAAGGAUGCUGGAGUCCUGCUGGAUCAGAUCAAAUGCUGUCAGGCAGAGCUGUCCUCACGACUGGCCCAGGAGCAGGCGCUGGACACCGGGGUGCAGCAGGGACCCGGGGAGAGCAGGAGACCUGGGGAGCCUCCAGUGCUGGAGGGGUGGCCACCUUCCCUGAAGUCUCUGAGCUUGCCUGAGCUGUCAGCUGUCCUGGAGGAACGUGUGGGAGAGAUGGGAAAAGCUCUGCAGACUGUGACUCAAAACCUCCAAAGGCUCCAAGCCCCAGGGCAGAGCUGGCUAGAGCCAUAACAAAGCAGAAGGGAAUCCUGACGUCGGGUGACUGUUCCACCCGGAAGCUGAGUGUGCCUGGGAGAGUGAGCACAGGGCUGUGCUGGCAGCUCUGCUGAGUGCCCCAGCAGCUGGGGGAUGCGUGGGGGAGGUCUCAGCCACCAGAGAACAGACCUGAGGGAACAGGGGGGCAGCAGAAGACGACAGCCCAGGAGCUCUUUGGGCCUGACUAUUGUCUGGGUUCCCAGGGUCAUUGUUCAUACCCAAAGAUCAGGUUGAGAGGAGGAGCACUGUGCUCAAGAGGUUUAUCUGCCUGAAACUUUCUGCAGCCCUUGUCAUUCAGGAGUUAGAAAGCUGACAGUUGCCCACAGCAUCAAUUAUCCUUUUCCAUAUCCUGUUGCCCCAAGGCCUCUGGCACUUGCCCUGGCUGCUUCUAUGCUGUGUGGAGUGCCCAGGAGCUGACCCAGAGAAUGGAUCUGAGGCCAGAAGGAAGGCAGGUUUGUCGUGGAUGAGUAAAGUGAAUAGAGCUUGUGAUGUUUGGCUCCCUGAGCUGCAGGGAAACUCAUGCAGCCCUCAGGAAUGCCUCUCUACUGCCAUCCCAAAUAUGUGCUUCAAAGCCUCUCUCUGCCUCCUACCAUCCCACCCGAGCUGGGUUCAGACUCUUGCCCCCCUCAGGGCCUGUUUCUGAUUGUUUUUCAGUCCCAAAGAACUCAGUUUUGUGGGAAAUACUUUAUGGCAGAGGCUCACUGUCUGGUUUGUCAGUGCCAAGAUCCCAACACUGACAGUGGUUGUGAGGCAGAUGUUCUCCUGGAAGGACAUGAGAGAGAAGGAAGAGCUCGAGACUGCUGAGUCUGCUGUGCCUCUGAGUGCCAAGGAAGGCAGAGCAGCAGCUGAGGGACAGAUCUGUCCCACAGGGGGCAAAGAAAUCACAUCAAACCUUUGGUCCUCAAGCACUGCCUGCCUUUGGUUUCCAGGCUUCAGUCUGUGGAAAUAGCUCUGCCAAAGCAUUCCUGGGUUGGUGGCAUGGGUGUUGCCAAAAGGCCAGACAAAUGGUGCAGGAGGAAGCUGCCUCCCCAGGAGAUCACUCCUGAGCUGGCAGAGCAGCCACCAGGGCUCUGGUGACAGUGAUGUGGAGUAGUUCCCAGUGACACUGUUCCUGUGUGUUUGCUGAGUCCUCUGGGGGGAACAGAGCAGCCAGGCAGCAAAACCUGAAGUCUCUAAGUGGCCUUGGUGAGUGUGGAAAAAUGUUCUUCUCUUUGCUGUGAAGGGGAAGGAGUGGUUUGCCAUCCUUAGCAGAGAUGUGGCUGUGUGCACCUGGGCAGCUGCUGCUACUUGUGCAGCAGGCAGUGGGACCAGGCUGAAAACUUCACCCUGAAGAAUUAGUUUUGGUGAGGGGGAGCCCAUUCUCUUAAGGCAGCCCUGAAAGCUUCUCAGGGCAUCAAGGCUGUGCUAGGCAGAGUGUUUGGGGCUUUGUCUUUCCCUCCCUGCUGCUGGAGGAGUGGUGGGAGUGCUGAGGCAUCAGAACAGGAUUGUCAGUGCUGUGUCCCUUGGACCCCAGGCUUUAAUUUAAAGUAAGAGAUCUGUGGGGAAAGGGCAGAAGGUUUCAUAAAAUUACAAAACCAGCAAAACAACCCAACAACAAUGAAAAAACCACCACACCAAACCACACCAAACCACACCAAACCACACCAAACCACACCAAACCACACCAAACCACACCACCACCUCUAAAAGAACCCAAGUUGAAAGGGCCUGGGAGCAUCUGGAGGGCAAGGGAAUCCUUGGCUCAGCAAAGCUUUCAGAGGGUGGAAAAGAGCAUGGUUGGAAGGAGAGACUGCAGAGGCUUGGGGCUGGCUUUGCUAGGUCAUAGGGUGGCAGAACUGAUCUUUUUUUGGGGUAAAAUGGUUCAUCCAAAUGAUUGUAAUGCUUUGGGAGGCUGGGUAAGGAGAGAUGCAGCAACGUGGGUGUGCAGAACAGGAGAACUCCACAGAAAAGGUGCUGCAGGAGCCCAGAUCCAAAGGGUUAAAGUAAUGCAGGAGCAGCCCAAGGAGGGCACCAGGGAGAGGCUUUUACAGAACUGUGUUUCCCUGAGGAGCAGAUCCCUUAAGUGGAGGACUUGAAAUGGCAUUUGCUGCUGAGGGUGGCUGUGCAGGCAGCAGGGAGUCUGUCAGGUGCUACCCUAAGGCAAGCUGAGUGAAUACAAUAGUGUUUGCUGACUGGGAGAGAGUA